UGUACUGCAAGGAAUUGCAUCCGGAUCAGAACAAAAAUUGUGGGAGAGAAUUCACAAGUGUGGGAGUUCGGUGUUCGGCGCGCUGUAAUGAAGGACAGCGAGGCCCAUGUGCAGCUGAGGCGGGCGAGCGAAGCUCAUAUACAACUGAGACGCUCGAGUGGACAUGGCCACUCAAACGAGCCUGCCAUCCAAGUCAUAUGUUUGGGCUCUGGCGGUGGACCAAGCGAAGACAAUGUCACAGGUUUCCUCGUCCGUUCGACGGCUGCAAAGUGGGCUAAAAACUCUGUCCUCGCCGUGGACGCAGGCUCCCAUCUCGCAGCCAUCACGCGAAUUCUCGAAAAGGACUUCCCGCUCGUUGCCGAUCCCGUUUACAAGGAACUACCGGCGCCACACAGUAACGGAAACGGAAUCGGGGAUUCGACGCGAGACAUCGAUACUCCCUCACCCGGAACUGCGCAUCCUUCCAAUCUGGAUGAGGACUUUUCUUCCUCAGGGCUAGAUUCCCCUCUCUCGGAUGCAGCGCCUUUGCCGGUGUUGACUACACUUCAGCACGGCGCCUUCGCCGGCCUGCCUUUUCCCAAUGCCAGCGCGAGAGCGAACGCACUGCAUGUGGUAAGAGAGCACGUUUCUACAUAUCUCAUCACUCACCCCCAUCUCGAUCACGUAUCUGGAUUUGUUAUCAACACGGCUGCUUUCCACAACACAUCGCGGCCGAAACGACUUGCGGCACUGCCCUUCACCGUCAACGCGAUCAAAACCCACAUCUUCAACAAUAUAGUUUGGCCGAAUCUCACGGAUGAAGACGGCGGCGUGGGUCUCGUUACAUUUCAGCGUUUGGCCGAAGGCGGCAACAUUGCGCUCGGGGAAGGUAGCGGAAGAGGGUACAUUGAAGUCUGCGAUGGAUUGAGCGUACGGGGCUUCAAAGUAAGCCACGGCCAUUGCAUGCGAGUGCCCGCCCACAUGCACCGCGGAUCAGUACCCAAAAUCACAGAAACACCAAGCAUGGGUAUUCACCGUGCAUCCACGCUCCACUCCCUCGACCACAAUAUGCCCCUCCCCGAAGGCCGCGAGCAACGCUCGCUCAGCUUCUCACAUCCCACGCAAAGCACACCAGGCACCCCGCUCUUUACAUCCGCCCAACAAGACUCACGAGGUGCCUCCAACACCGCGCCAGCCGACCAGUGCGUAAUCGACUCGACGGCCUACUUCAUUCGUGCUGAAAGCACCCCGUACACGCCCACCAAAGAAGUCCUCAUCUUCGGGGACGUCGAGCCAGACUCCAUCUCCCUAUCCCCACGCACAGCCCAAGUCUGGGCCGAAGCCGCCCCCAAAAUUGCCGCGGGAAUCCUCGCCGGCAUAUUCAUAGAGUGUAGCUAUACCAACGUGCAAGGCGACGCCGUUCUCUACGGCCACCUCGCGCCACGACAUCUCCUCGCUGAGCUUUCCAACCUCGCCGAAAUGGUAAAAGAAGCGCGCAAAGGCCACGAGCGCGAUAGGGAAGAAGCCCGCAAUGCCCGGAAACGCAAAAGAGCUAGCAACGGCUUACUCUCCGGCAUCACCUCUGCUAACUUCGACGCAUCCUCCUCUUCACACGCGGCCAGUGGUCAAACAGGUACAGACCUAUCCCGAAAAAGCUCCCGCUCCCGCACGUAUAAUGCACAUAGAGACGGUGGCGACGAUGAGGUUAUGACGGAUACGGCUACCGCUUCUCCCACCCCUGGACGUGUGAAUAGUACGUCGACGGGUACACACACGCCCAAUAACAAUCACAACGCGCUGCAUCUCGGUAGCGUGUCGACUGAGCAUAGUAAAGCGGUACUUGCGGCGGCUUUCGAUGCUCCUCUCAAGGGCCUCAAGGUCGUUAUCAUGCAUGUCAAGGAUAGCUUGGCCGAUGGGCCAUUAGUUGGAGAUGAGAUUUUGAGGGAGUUGAGGGAAGGCGAACGCGAGAUGGCGGAGAGGGGCAAAGGACUGGGGUGUGGUUUUGAAGUCGCGACCAGUGGGGGGAGUUUUUGGUUUUGA